UGGAGGAAUUCACGCCAAAACAAAGAAUAGGAAGAAAUGAUGGCCAGGAUUUAAUCAACAGAUAUAAGUAAGAUGUCUGAACUAGAAUUUAAAACCACACUUACUGGAGAGAGUUGGACCUCCGGCUUGUGAGCAGGCACCUUCACUUUGCGCACAACCAAAGAGCAGUGAGCGCAAAGCCGCGAAGGGAGGCUGAAGCAGGGGCAGGGGAAGCUCAGCCAUAGGGGCACACAGUUGCCUUGGUGGGUAUAUGGGUGGGGCCGAGGUUAGUGCCCAGGUGCUGCAAGUGGGGCCCACGCGGGUACAGCAGGCCUGGAAGUGAAGACCCCGGACUUCGGCCAGCCAGAACCUGAUUUAAAAAUGGGUGAUGUUGAGAAGGGCAAGAAGAUUUUUGUUCAGAAGUGUGCCCAGUGCCAUACUGUGGAAACGGGAGGCAAGCACAACACUGGGCCAAAUCUCCAUGGUUUAUUUGGGCAAAAGACAGGUCAAGCCCCUGGAUUUUCUUACAUGGAUGCCAACAAGAACAAAGGCAUCACCUGGGGAGAGGAGACACUGAUGGAGUAUUUGGAAAAUCCCAAGAAGUACAUCCCUGGAACAAAAAUGAUCUUCACUGGCAUUAAGAAGGCAGGGGAAAGAGCAGAUUUGAUAGCUUAUCUCAAAAAGGCUACUAAGGAGUAAUAGUUGGCCACUGCCUUAUUUAUUACAAAACAAAAAAUGUCUCAUGACUUUUUUUUGUCUUUAUCAAACUUCUAGUGAAGCAGCUCGUAUCCAAACUCUCUUUGAAGCUAUUCAGAAGCCACAAGGCCAACUCCCUGAUUGGCAGGAGUGUUAACAUCCAACCACAGGAAGCAGUGGAACUUACUGCUUUGGAAAAAUGUUUUGAAAGGGAAAGGUCCAGAGUGAGGGCAGUGCCCUUCUUAGAGGAGUGUACACAUGACCUCCAGGACAAAGAAGAGUGGGUAGGGUUGGCUGGGAAAGCAAAAAGGCCUUAAUUUAGUGGAUGGAUAUUGGAUUUGACAGUGGUUCUUCUUGGGGACAUGGGAUUGAACUUUUGUUUUGGAGUUUGGAAGUUGCUUAGAUACUGAGAGAAACCCAGGGAGGAGAGGGAGGAAAGGGGAAGCCUGGGGUAUUAUUUCAUACAACCUGGCUUCAUGUCCUCUGGUCCCUCUCUGCAAUUCUUUAAGCACCCCCCCUAAGCAAGUACCAUCUUUGGGAGAGACAGUUUCCUAAUUAAACUGAGAUUCACAGACCCAGGGCCCUCAUUAGGAAUUGCUCUUGAAAUAAAUGAUGGUGCAUAUUGUUUUUAAAAUUUUUUUUUAAUGUUUAUUUAUUUUUGAGAGAGAGAGAGAGAG